GCUGUGCAGCAGGACGGACCUCGGAGACAAAAGAGAGGGAGAAGGAGGCUUAUUUUGUGCCAAAUUGCUCACCUUCUGCUGGCUUUAAUACUCUGGUGUCACAGCAGGGUGCUGCGGCAGUGACCCGCUGCCCCCUUUGUUGUUAUUCUCCUGGAGAAUAGAGCAGAAAGAAUAUCAAUAUCUUUGCAAAGUGGAGCCACAGCGGAAUCAGAAGUUACCGUAACGACAUGGGGAGAGUUAUGGAAAACGAGUGGAAAUGAGAGAAAAUUAACUUACCAUUCUUCUACUUAGAGAAGAAGCCUCAAAUACUUUGCAAGAUGUUUCCUCAUCACAGAGAAAGAGAGCAGCCCAUCUUCAGCACUCGGGCUCAUGUUUUCCAGAUCGAUCCGGCCACCAAGAGGAACUGGAUCCCUGCGAGCAAGCAUGCCGUCACCGUGUCCUUCUUCUAUGACUCCAACCGCAACGUCUACCGCAUCAUCAGCGUGGGUGGCACCAAGGCAAUUAUCAACUGUAUCGUUACCCCAAGUAUGACAUUUACUAAGACGUCCCAGAAGUUUGGUCAGUGGGCCGACAGCAGAGCCAACACUGUCUACGGUCUGGGCUUUGCUACGGAGCAACAGCUACACCAGUUUUCAGAGAAGUUCAAAGAGGUGAAGGAUGCAGCUCGUCUGGCCAGAGAAAAGUCCCAAGAUAAAGAACUAGCCAACACCGCCCUCAACAUUGCUGCACCUCAGGACCUCUCCGAUGACCUCCAGUCUCCUCCAGUCAUGUGUGUUAACGGGCCAGAGGACAAGCUGUUCCGCAGUCAAAGUGCCGACAUCACGCUGUCCUCUGAGAAGGAGCGCAUCAAGAAGAUGCUCUCUGAGGGGUCUAUCUGCGAGAUGAACCUAGAGGCGGAGCUCUUCACGCUGCAGGACAGCAACUCCAAGUUAGUGGCGGCGUUGCACGAGGCCAACGCGAACGUGGAGCAGUGGAAGAAACAGCUGGUAGCGUAUCAGGAGGAAACAGAGAGGCUCAGAGAACAGGUGGCUGACCUGGAAGCCCAUGGGGGUCACGGCCCUAGUGACCUGCUGAAGGAUGAACUGACUCAGUCCCUAGAGGAGCUGGAGGCUCUUCUUAAGGCCAAAGACGAGGAAAUUCACAUUUUGCAAAGCAAAAAGUCAGAAUACCAUGACAUGGAACGUGAAAGAGAUCAAGCCAUACACAGAUUACGGGAAGUGGAGAUGCGUAAUUCCGAGUUGGAGCGACGCAUCCAGAACACGGAGCAAAACUUGAGCAACUCUCUGGACGAACGAGAUCGCUUGGACACUGAGCUUCAGAGGGCCAUCGAAAUUCUAGAUAUCAAGAUCUUUGACCUCAAUGACCUCCGCCAGAGCCUUGUGAAGCUCAUCGACAAAUAAUGCGAAUGGAGGAGGAGUAGGAAAAUGAAAAACGUGAAGAUGGAGCUGGACAAGGACUCACGAUAUUCUAGAUGUUGGCCUACGCAGCACUUACAUGUUUUUACCCAUCUGCGCUUUGUGUUGCUUAAAUGGGAAACAAUGCAAUAACUUCAAGGUAACUGCUUACUUACAAGUGCAACAUAUAGUAUAUACUUAGGACAACCGGUGCUUGUUUUACAUGUAGUACAAGUUUAGGAUCGAAGAAACUGCAUAUUUGUUAUUCUGACUGAUAAGAGGCCUUGUUUUACUGUAUUUAUGACCAAGGAACCGGUGGUGGUGGUGGUGUCGCAUACGCAGUCAAAAUGAGACAUGAUGGACUGCCCUGUCAACACAAGCACACAUGAAUACUGCAUUAACAGCCUGAUUGUGUGCGUGUAGUGCUUCAUGCAUUAUGCAGCUGCAAUAAGACAGCAUGGUUGAAAUAAAUGAUCAAGGUCAAGUGGGUAGGGGAAAAUGGCUAUUGGUGAGGUAAGGGUGCCCAACUUAAACUAUGUGAAUGAAGACACCAAAGAGCAACAUUUUGAGAGUUUGAGCAGCCUGUAUGCCUCGUUAGCGCUAGAACUCACAUUAGGGUAAAUGCUAAAUUCAGAUAAGGGUCAUUAAGUGUUCUCCAAAUGACGUAAUCAAUAAGGCACAGUGCAGCUUAAGUUUAACUUGCUGAUAAGAAACAUACUUUAAAGCGCCCACCGCAUCUUCUUAGACCGCUGCUGUGAUGCUUUCAAGGACUUUAGGGAUACUUCAGGCCUUGUCUUCUGCAUGUUACCUCCAUCUGCGGACAAGGUCACAUGUGGGUCAACAGUGCAUCCAUUGAAGAGCAAGAUUGUCAACGAGUGUUUCUAAUAAACCAUGCAGCCUGUAUAGGUGAACAUUUCUAUCAAGCCUUACUGUUCUAUUUCAAGGAUGGUGGCGGAGCGUCAUGGCGGUUGUUUCUCACACGUUGUUACUGAGCUGUUGUCAUGAAAAAUAAAAGCCAAGA